GGGAAAUUUCAUUUGGUUCUCUUCCUGCAAGAGAGCUUCUUUGAGGAGAGAUCUCCGUCCUCUCCCGAUCUCUCUCUCUCUGUGCCCUCUGCUCACUGCAGAGCUUAACCGCUAAAAUUUAUAACGGACAAAGCAGAAUCCCAUACUCGGGGAGGAGGAGGAGAAGAAGAAGCCUCCAUUGAUUCCGAAUUUGGACUGUGUGAAAACCCUAGGGUUUACGGAGUAGAACCAGAUCGAUCGCCAUGGACUUGAGGUUCCCCUUCUCGCCAGCGGAGGUCGCCAAGGUCCGGAUGGUCCAGUUCGGCAUCCUCAGCCCCGACGAGAUCAGGCAAAUGUCUGUUAUACAGAUUGAACAUAGUGAGACAACGGAGAGGGGCAAGCCGAAGCCCGGUGGCCUGAGCGAUCCUCGGCUUGGCACAAUUGAUAGGAAACUGAAGUGUGAGACUUGUACGGCGAACAUGGCUGAGUGCCCAGGUCACUUUGGGCACCUCGAGCUCGCCAAGCCUAUGUUCCAUAUCGGGUUUAUGAAAACUGUGCUAAGUAUCAUGCGCUGCGUGUGCUUCAACUGCUCAAAAAUCCUGGCUGACGAGGAGGAACACAAGUUUAAACAAGCAAUGAGGAUAAGAAAUCCAAAAAAUAGGCUUAAGAAGAUACUGGAUGCAUGUAAGAAUAAAACCAAAUGUGAAGGUGGUGAUGAGAUUGAUGUCCAAGGUCAAGACUCCGAAGAGCCAGUUAAAAAGAGUCGUGGCGGCUGUGGCGCCCAGCAGCCGAAGCUCACAAUUGAAGGUAUGAAAAUGAUUGCGGAGUAUAAGUCUCCGAGGAAGAAAAGUGAUGAUCCGGACCAGCUUCCCGAGCCUGUUGAAAGGAAGCAGACCCUUUCUGCAGAAAGGGUUCUAAGUGUUCUUAAGAGGAUAAGUGAUGAAGACUGUCAGUUAUUAGGUUUAAAUCCAAAAUAUGCUCGUCCGGAUUGGAUGAUCUUACAAGUUCUGCCUAUUCCUCCUCCUCCUGUUAGGCCAUCUGUGAUGAUGGAUACAUCUUCUAGAAGUGAGGAUGAUUUAACACACCAGCUGGCAAUGAUCAUAAGGCACAAUGAGAAUCUGAGGCAACAGGAAAGAAAUGGAGCGCCUGCACACAUCAUAUCGGAGUUUGCACAGUUGUUGCAGUUCCAUAUCGCCACGUACUUUGACAAUGAGUUGCCCGGACAACCAAGGGCUACACAGCGAUCUGGUAGACCCAUCAAGUCAAUCUGUAGUAGGCUUAAGGCCAAGGAAGGCCGUAUUAGGGGGAAUCUGAUGGGUAAAAGAGUUGAUUUCUCAGCACGUACUGUCAUUACUCCAGAUCCAAAUAUUAACAUUGAUGAGCUUGGAGUCCCGUGGAGUAUUGCGUUGAAUCUGACUUAUCCAGAAGCAGUGACUCCUUAUAACAUUGAAAGGUUGAAGGAACUUGUGGAAUAUGGCCCUCAUCCUCCACCUGGUAAAACUGGUGCCAAGUACAUUAUAAGGGAUGAUGGACAACGUCUCGAUCUCCGAUACUUGAAGAAAAGUAGUGAUCAUCAUCUGGAGCUGGGAUACAAGGUGGAGCGGCACUUGAAUGAUGGAGACUUUGUCCUCUUCAAUCGGCAGCCUAGUCUUCAUAAAAUGUCUAUUAUGGGCCACAGAAUCAAGAUUAUGCCUUACUCAACAUUCAGAUUGAAUUUGUCAGUGACAUCCCCAUAUAAUGCUGAUUUUGAUGGGGAUGAAAUGAAUAUGCAUGUUCCGCAGUCAUUUGAAACUAGAGCAGAAGUCCUGGAACUAAUGAUGGUUCCCAAAUGCAUUGUGUCACCUCAAUCGAAUAGACCUGUGAUGGGAAUUGUCCAGGAUACACUCUUAGGAUGCCGUAAAAUCACUAAAAGGGACACUUUCAUUGAGAAGGAUGUUUUCAUGAACACCUUGAUGUGGUGGGAGGACUUUGAUGGAAAAGUUCCUGCUCCGGCUAUUUUGAAGCCUAGGCCACUCUGGACAGGCAAACAAGUUUUCAAUCUCAUCAUUCCAAAGCAGAUUAAUCUCAUGAGGACUUCUGCUUGGCAUUCUGAGUUGGAAACGGGCUUUAUAACUCCAGGAGAUACGCAAGUCCGAAUAGAGAAGGGAGAGUUGCUCUCUGGGACUCUCUGCAAGAAGGCUCUCGGAACAUCUACUGGAAGUCUUAUACAUGUCAUCUGGGAAGAAGUUGGUCCAGAUGCAGCCCGCAAAUUUUUGGGACACACGCAGUGGCUUGUCAACUAUUGGCUUUUGCAGAAUGCUUUCAGCAUUGGUAUCGGAGAUACAAUUGCUGAUGCAGCAACUAUGGAAAGAAUUAAUGAAACCAUAUCGAAGGCUAAGGAUGAAGUGAAAAGACUUAUAAAGGAAGCCCAAGAGAAGAAGUUGGAGCCUGAACCUGGAAGAACAAUGAUGGAAUCUUUCGAGAACAAAGUGAACCAGGUGUUGAAUAAGGCUCGUGAUGAUGCUGGAAGCAGUGCUCAGAGGAGUCUGUCUGAGAGUAACAAUCUGAAGGCCAUGGUUACUGCUGGGUCUAAAGGAAGUUUUAUCAACAUAUCACAGAUGACUGCUUGUGUGGGUCAGCAAAAUGUUGAGGGUAAGCGAAUCCCGUUUGGAUUCAUUGAUAGAACGCUGCCCCACUUCACGAAAGAUGAUUAUGGGCCAGAGAGUCGUGGAUUUGUUGAGAACUCCUACUUGCGUGGGCUGACCCCACAAGAGUUCUUCUUUCAUGCAAUGGGUGGUAGGGAAGGUCUCAUUGAUACGGCUGUGAAGACAUCUGAGACUGGAUACAUUCAGAGAAGAUUAGUGAAGGCUAUGGAGGAUAUCAUGGUUAAGUAUGAUGGAACUGUCAGGAAUUCUCUGGGAGAUGUUAUACAGUUUCUGUAUGGGGAGGAUGGUAUGGAUUCUGUGUGGAUUGAAUCUCAAAAGUUGGACUCCUUGAAGAUGAAAAGGUCGGAAUUCGAUAGGGUGUUCAGGUACGAGCUAGAUGAUGAUAACUGGAAUCCUGAUUAUAUGCUGCCAGAACAUAUUGAAGAUCUGAGAACUAUCAGAGAAAUUCGAAAUGUGUUCGACGCUGAAGUUCAGAAACUAGAAGCGGAUAGAUACCAGCUUGGAACUGAGAUUGCUACGACAGGUGAUAAUUCUUGGCCAUUGCCCGUCAACCUCAAAAGGCUCAUAUGGAACGCACAGAAGACCUUUAAGAUUGACAUGAGGCGUACUUCUGAUAUGCAUCCAAUGGAAAUUGUCGAGUAUGUUGAUAAGCUCCAGGAGAAGCUGCUGGUUGUUCCUGGAAAGGAUCUUUUGAGUGUUGAGGCUCAGAAGAAUGCUACUCUCUUUUUCAAUAUAUUGCUUCGUAGCACUUUCGCUAGUAAAAGAGUGUUGAAGGAGUACAGACUCACUCGUGAAGCAUUUGAAUGGAUUUUGGGCGAGAUCGAAUCGCGUUUCCUUCUGUCUCUGGUAGCUCCUGGAGAAAUGAUUGGAUGUGUGGCUGCUCAAUCCAUUGGCGAGCCUGCUACACAGAUGACUCUCAAUACGUUCCACUAUGCUGGUGUUAGUGCAAAGAACGUUACACUUGGUGUUCCCAGGUUGAGAGAAAUUAUUAAUGUGGCCAAGAAAAUAAAAACCCCUUCCCUCUCGGUGUACCUUAAACCUGAGGUUAAUAAGACAAAGGAAAGUGCCAAGAAUAUCCAAUGUGCUUUGGAGUAUACUACUCUCCGCAGUGUCACUCAAGCCACAGAAGUGUGGUAUGAUCCUGAUCCCAUGGGCACGAUAAUUGAAGAGGAUAUUGAUUUUGUGAAAUCAUAUUAUGAGAUGCCGGACGAAGAGAUUGCCCCUGAGAAGAUCUCUCCUUGGCUGCUUAGGAUAGAGCUGAAUCGGGAAAUGAUGGUUGAUAAGAAGCUAAGCAUGGCAGAUAUCGCUGAGAAGAUCAACCUUGAAUUUGAUGAUGAUCUGAAUUGUAUAUUCAAUGAUGACAAUGCCGAUAAACUGAUCUUGCGGAUCCGUAUAAUGAAUGAUGAUGCCCCAAAAGGGGAGAUGAACGAUGAAUCUGCAGAAGAUGAUGUCUUCCUUAAGAAGAUUGAAAGCAAUAUGCUGACGGAGAUGGCUCUUCGUGGCAUCCCAGAUAUUAACAAGGUGUUCAUUAAGAAUGGCAAAGUAAACAAGUUUGAGGAGAGUGAUGGCUUCAAGCCUGAGACUGAGUGGAUGUUAGAUACUGAAGGUGUCAACCUCUUAGCUGUCAUGUGCCACGAAGGUGUUGAUGCAAGGAGGACAACAAGCAACCACUUGAUAGAAAUUAUUGAAGUCCUUGGUAUUGAGGCAGUUCGGCGGUCCCUCUUGGAUGAACUGCGAGUCGUUAUAUCAUUUGAUGGAUCUUAUGUGAACUACCGGCACUUAGCUAUUCUGUGCGAUACCAUGACCUAUCGGGGCCACUUGAUGGCGAUUACUCGUCAUGGUAUCAACCGCAAUGAUACUGGGCCAUUGAUGAGAUGCUCCUUCGAAGAGACAGUUGACAUUCUCCUAGAUGCUGCGGUCUAUGCUGAAUCUGAUUAUCUGAGGGGUGUGACUGAAAACAUUAUGUUGGGACAGCUGGCGCCAAUUGGAACAGGAGACUGUGCCCUGUACCUCAAUGAUGAGAUGUUGAAGCAUGCCAUUGAACUUCAGUUGCCCAGUUAUAUGGAGGGUCUCGAUUUUGGAAUGACUCCUGCUCGGUCUCCUAUAUCUGGGACUCCUUAUCAUGAAGGAAUGAUGUCUCCAAGUUAUCUGCUGAGCCCGAACCUCCGUCUUUCUCCCAUCACAGAUGCUCAGUUCUCUCCUUACGUAGGCGGGAUGGCAUUCUCGCCUGCUUCUUCUCCAGGAUACACCCCCUCCUCACCGGGCUACAGCCCCACCUCUCCCAGUUACAGCCCGGCAUCGCCGAGCUAUAGUCCCACAUCACCGAGCUACAGCCCGGCGUCACCAAGCUACAGCCCGACGUCACCAACUUAUAGCCCAAGUUCUCCUGGAUAUAGUCCAACUAGUCCUGCAUAUUCACCUACAAGCCCUUCGUACUCUCCGACCUCCCCCUCAUACAGCCCGACCUCCCCCUCAUACAGCCCCACCUCCCCUUCCUAUAGCCCUACAUCUCCCUCUUAUAGUCCCACUUCUCCAACAUACAGUCCCACCUCACCUAGUUACAGUCCGACAUCCCCUGCUUAUAGUCCAACAUCCCCUGCCUAUAGCCCCACAUCCCCUGCAUAUAGCCCAACUUCUCCAUCCUAUAGCCCCACCUCGCCUUCCUAUAGCCCCACCUCGCCCUCGUAUAGUCCAACUUCACCUUCUUACAGCCCCACCUCGCCAUCAUAUAGCCCUACUUCACCGGCGUAUAGCCCAACAUCUCCCGGGUACAGUCCAACAUCGCCCAGUUACAGUCCUACUUCUCCGGGGUACAGUCCCACAUCUCCUAGUUAUAAUCCUCAGUCAGCAAAGUAUAGCCCGUCACUGGCAUACUCGCCGAGCAGUCCGAGGCUGUCUCCCUCCAGUCCUUACAGUCCAACCUCUCCUAAUUACAGCCCAACGUCACCUUCAUAUUCUCCCACGUCGCCAUCGUAUUCACCUUCAAGCCCAACCUACAGUCCUAGCAGCCCAUACAAUACUGGUGGAGGCCCAGAUUAUAGCCCGAGUUCUCCCCAAUACAGCUUGAGUGCUGGGUAUUCUCCGAGUGCACCAGGUUACUCACCAUCUUCGACCAGCCAGUACACCCAAGCAAGCAAUAAGGAUGAUCGAAGCAAGAAGGAUGAUAGGAGUGGUCGGUGAAGUGAUAUUUUUUGAACGAGAAAGCUCGAGGUGGUCCAUCAAUGAAGCAAGAUCCUGUGAAAUAACAAACUUCGAGUGCAGAUUUUUCUUUUAUGGCAGUGGAUUGAUUAUAUUUGCUUCUCUUGUAAUCUUGUCAAGUCAGCGAGCGUGCUAACGUCUCAAAGGCUGACUAUGUGAAUGAGGCACUAUGUUGAUUGUAACAUUAACAGGAGCAAUGACUUUUUUUCUAUGCGCUUCUCUCCCUGCAAGGGAGGCAAUUAAUAGAAUGAUGAACUUGCUAUGCACAUUA